UCUCUCGGUGCGAGUGUGAACGGUUGUUUCUCUAUGUGUGCUGGCAACCAGUUCUGGGUGUACCCCACUUGCCGACUGAGGAUGGACGCCAGUACGCCCGCGACCCACAGGUGGAUAAUCAAUCAUUGGAUGAAGAUUUACACGACUGUACCUCCUCCAGUUACAGAGAGACAGCGCCCACUGGAGGCCGGAGGUUCCAGUCGGAAGAUUCAACAGAGGAUUUUCAACCCAUUAGGUGUGAUUAAACAGGAGCAUCAUGGAGGAGGAAGCGGCGUCCCCGUUAGAAGGUGACAUGGAGCCCUUGUUCCCCGCCGAGACCUAUGCCGCCGAGUCCUUGGCAGCGGACAUGGACCCUUGGGUCGUGUUCGACUCGAGAAAAAAACCCAGAUCGGAGUUCGACGACUGGCUGGAGAGCAACAGGCCGUCACGAGUGAGCAGAUUUGGCAACAAGGAGCUGGGCGUGGGCCCCGUGGGCUGGAUCGCUGUGCUGGGCCCGGACCACUGCUCCGACGGCGGGGAUGUGGACGCUCUCCAGGAGAGCUGGGAGAAACUGGUGGCCAGCGGGCGGGCAGUCAACUUUGAGAACGUCAAGGAGCUGGCGCUGAACCACGGCGUCCUCUCGGGCAAAUGGCUCAUGCACCUGGACCCCGGCUUCAAGGUGGACCAGGCGUGGGAGUGCGUAGCCAGAGCGACGGUGGACGGCAAGAUCUGCAGCGUCAAAGUCAGCCCGUACGACCCCGUCAAAGGAGACAGGCAUGUCAUCUGCGUUUACAACCACAACUUCACAGACGAGCGCGAAGUGGUCCAGCUGGACGCUCACAUCCGAGCCUCGGGGGUCAAGUGUCCUCUGGCCUAUAAGCCGGACGUGUACACGUACCUGGGAAUCUACCGAAACAACCGCUGGAAGCUCUGUCCCACCAUCUAUGAGAGUAAAUUCAACCUGGAGUGUGUGCCAAGGCGCUCGCGCAUCGUCAACAAAGUCACCAACCUGGAUGUCACAUAAGCCUUAUGGCAAGAGUUAAAGAAAAUAUAUUAUGUGUUGAAAAGAAUCCAGUUCUUCCUAUUGCGGUUGGAUUCCAUCAUCUAUCUUUGUGCUGUUGAAGUGAGUGUUAUUUGCGGCAGGGCUUCAAAUUCGUGAUUGCUGGUUGACUGUAUUCACAUUUGCGCUGACCUUGUGGGGAAACCUCCCCAUUGAUGCACAUUUUCUGUGAGUAUUGACACACGUUUUCUCUUUUUCAAAAACAACAGUUCUAUAAUUGCCAAGUAAAGUACCUUUGAAGGUUCCGGCUUUUGCUUUAUGCUGCAAAACUUGGACGAAUUUACAAUCACACAAGUUCAAAACAUCUCCAAGAAUCUUUUAUUUGACAAUAAAGCAAGUAGGUUUGAAUCCAGUUAAGUCGAUUAAAGCCGUUGCCACACAAGAAAUCAGUGCCAAGCUU